AUGUCUUUCAUUUCUUCCACCUCAAGCUCCUCUUCUGAUGAUUUCUCCAAAAAUCAUGAAUUUGAUUGCUUAGUUGAUGAGUAUGUAGCAAAUCACCUACCUCAUAGAUUACUUCCUCCAGACCAACCACAAGAACCUCAACUAAAUAAUGAAACUGAACUAUCAACGGAGCCCAAAAGGGAUAGGGAAAGAGAAAAAGGGCAUGUGCAACUAUACAACGAUUAUUUCGCGAAUAAUCCAGUGUAUAACGACAACCAAUUCCGACGUAGAUUCCGUAUGCAACGGUCAUUGUUCUGCCGCAUUAUGAGCAAAGUGGUUGAGGGGGAUCAAUUCUUCCAGCAACGUCGAAAUGCAGCUGGGAAGCUUGGUUUAUCACCGUUGCAGAAAUGCACCGCUGCAAUAAGAAUUGAAUAUCUACGAAAACCUACAGAUGAAGAUUUAAGGAGAAUCCUUCAUCAAAAUGAUCUGCGUGGUUUUCCAGGGAUGAUUGGUAGUAUAGACUGCAUGCAUUGGGAGUGGAAGAAUUGUCCUACUGCUUGGAAGGCACAAUAUGCUGGUCGUAGCAAGAGUGCAACUCUCAUUCUUGAAGCUGUUGCUGAUCAGGAUCUAUGGAUUUGGCAUGCGUUCUUUGGAAUGCCUGGGUCAUGUAACGAUUUGAAUGUCCUUUACCGUUCACCGGUAUUUGAUGAUGUUUUACAAGGUCAUGCACCACCCAUAAAUUUUACGGUUAAUGGACAUCAAUAUGAGUUGGGCUACUACUUGGCCGAUGGGAUUUACCCGAGAUGGCCAACUUUUAUACAGGGUAUAACACAUCCUCAUGUUAGAAAAGACAAGUUGUUUGCUGAUCAACAAGUAGCAGUUCGGAAAGACGUCGAACGGGCUUUCGGAGUUUUACAAGCUAGGUUCGCUAUACUACGACAACCAGCACUUGCAUACGACGAAGAUAUUCUCUGUGAUAUUAUGAAAGCCUGUAUAAUAAUGCACAACAUGAUCGUCGAGGAUGAACGACACAACUACGCACGUGCAGAUGUUUUGAGACGAUACUACGAAGAAGAUCGACCACAACGUACGGUGAGGCGGGCAGACCCGAGCACAAGUGCCACGGUGUUUAACAACGAGCCAUUUGAAUUCAACGUCGGGCGACCACCCAACAUUGAUUUCAACACGUAUUUGGAGAGAAGGAUUUCCCUUCGUGAUAGAGAAAUUCAUUCAUCUCUGAAACAAGAUUUAGUGGAGCACAUAUGGCAGAACUUUCGUCAUAAUGCGGUUGAAUAA